GUGCUCACCGGGCCUGGGCCGCACACUGAGAGGGACAGGGUCCCCCCGGAGCCCACCUCAGGAGCCGUUCUAUCCACCUGUGUGCUGCUGCACCCGGGGCUGUGCCGGACGAAGCAGGUGGCGACACUACACGCGCGGGGGCUACAACGCUGAAUUUGUGGCAUCAUGAAGUCCCCCGGGAAGUAUUGCAAUAUUUUGGCUACAGGUUGGAAAAUAAAGAAAAAGCAGAUAAGAUGCAACAUAUAAGUGGAUAAAUCUACAAGACCUUUCCAUCUGGCGGCGUGCUCUGCUGGACAAAGAUGAAAUGUUCUUUAUUCGUGUGUAUUUUGUUGUCAUAUAAGCUACAGCGCAUGGCUGGACUGUACCAUUUCACAGCGGGAGGACACUAUUGCCUUCUGAGAGGUUUCUGCUCCUGGAGCAAUGUGGGAUAUCUGACAGAAAUGGCUUCCGGAAGCGAUGCCCGAUUCUUCUACUGACUCGACGUGAACGUUACUUAACCAAAUGCACUUUGUGCGGUUUACACAACUGUGUAGGAUUGGUCCUCUCGGAGUCAUGAGUACAUAUGGCAUAUUGCAGUCCUGUUUCUGUUGAUACCUUUGGCUGAAUCACAAUAAGAAAAUGAAUGGUGGAAAGGUAUGUGAUGGAGGAGGCAAUGACGGCGCCGCACUGUCGGUGCAGGUUCCAGUGGGUUGGCAACGACGAGUGGACCAAAGCGGCGUCCUCUAUAUUAGCCCAAGUGGAUCCCAUCUGUCAUGUUUGGACCAGGUCAAAACUUACCUUCUCACGGAUGGAACUUGCAAGUGCGGAUUGGAAUGUCCUCUCAUCCUCCCGAAGGUGUUCAAUUUUGACCCUGGAGCCGCUGUUAAGCAAAGAACCGCAGAGGAUGUUAAAGCAGAUGAGGACGUAACCAAGCUGUGCAUCCACAAGCGCAAGAUCAUCGCUGUGGCCACACUACACAAGAGCAUGGAGGCGCCGCACCCUUCACUGGUGUUAACAAGUCCUGGCGGAGGAACAAAUUCUGCUCCUGUUGUGUCCACCCGUGCAGCUACCCCGCGAUCCAUGAGAAAUAAAUCACUCGAGGGCAUGGUGAAUUCUGUGCUGCCAGAAUGUAAAAAUCCAUUUAAGUUGAUGGUUAAAGAACAUGUGGGAUCUCAGCCGCAUGACCUUCACCCUGCAUAUCCACCACAGAGGUUAGGUAGCAGCGAGCAUGGACAGAAAUCACCUUUUCGUGGGAUGCAUGGCCACAUGACCAGUCCGGCCUCAUCUGGGUCCCAGAUUUACGAUGCAUCUGCAUCUCCAAGGACCGACCCACUGGGAAGCCCUGAUGCAUUUACAAGGAACAAUCCCAACUUUCAUGCUCCACCCAAUUCAAGUCCCAUUCAUGUAAACAGGACUCCCAUAUCUCCACAAUCCAUUAUGUUACACGGAUCCCCGGUGCAGCAGUCAUGUGCUAUGGCUGGUAGGACAAAUUUACCUUUGUCUCCAACGUUUGCUAGUCCAGUGUUAAAGCAAACUGUUUGCAACUAUCCACCCAACAUGGAUAUGUCACGUGCAAUGUUUCAUCAUAAGCAAACGCCAGGUCCCCCACCACCCCUGCCACCACCACCACCACCUCCUCCUCCACCGCCACUUUGUGCUCUUCAGAAAAAGCCAUUAACAUCUUCAGAGAAAGAUCCGCUUGGUAUUCUCGACCCCAUCCCCAGCAAACCAGUUCUUCAAAACCCUGUAAUGAACACUACCACAUUUCAUCCAAAUGUUCACUCUCAGGUACCUGUGAUGAAUGUAAACAUGCCACCCGCCGUCGUUCCUUUGCCAAGUAAUCUUCCAUUGCCAACAGUCAAACCCGGUCACAUGAAUCACGGUAAUCAAAUUCAGAGAGUCCAUCACCCGGCUUCCACAUCCUUAUCCCCUUCACCGGUAACAUCCCCGAUUCACACAAUGCCACCUGGUAUAGGAAGGAUCGAGGCAUCACCCCAAAGGUCACGUUCUUCUUCCACAUCAUCCGAUCAUGGAAACUUUAUGAUGCCUCCCAUGGGAACGCAACCUACCUGCGGUGGCCUCAAACUUCCGCCACGUUCUCCGAGACCCAACUUGGGCUCUCCAAGACCAUCCAUGCCGUCAAGCCCUUCAACCAAGCCUGAUGGACAUCACCAGUAUAAAGAUAUCCAUAAUCCAUUGAUAGCUGGAAUGAGCAAUGUAUUAAACCCCCCCAACAACACUGUUUUCCCCCCAUCUUCGGCUGGUAACGCUCCUGUAAAGGGUCAGACGGGAUUGCUGGGGAUGCCUUUAAAUCAGAUCUUGAACCAGCAUAAUGCUGCCUCUUUCCCCGCGAGCAGUUUACUUUCAGCAGCAGCCAAAGCACAGCUAGCAAAUCAAAAUAAACUUGCUGGUAAUAAUAGCAGUUCCGGACCUGCCGUCAGCUGUGGCAGCAAUGAAGGAAAUAGCACUUUACCCACAAUGUUCCCCCCAGCCUCCAGUGUCCUAUUACCGCCGGCAGAGGGGCAGAGUGGCCGGGCGGCUCUGAGAGAUAAGCUGAUGUCUCAGCAGAAGGACGUAAGAAAAAGAAAGCAACCCGCGUCGAUUGUUGUCAAUCUUCUUAAACCGCCAUCUGCGGAUAAUCCCAGCCUACAAAAAACUGCAGCCGACCUGAUGCGGAAACAGGGACAAAAUUCAUUCCCCAUGAAUUCGAUGUCUCAACUUCUCCAAACCAUGAGUUGUCAGAACUCCCACAUGAACAGCAAUAGUACCAUUCCCGACUCCAACAUGAGUUUGCCUUGUGCUGCCAACCAGAUGGGUUAUAGCGACAACGGCCUGAACCCCGCUAAUCUCCAUAACUCACUGGCACAUAACAUACCCAUAAGAGGGGAGGGCGUCUCCUGCCAAAAUCCAAACACUAACUUUGUCCACGGCAACAAUCCAGUUCCUAACGCUCAUCUCACCGGACUCCUCAACCAGAUGCAAAGCAGUAGCGGUUACGGAAUGUUACCCCAUCCGGGAAACCAGUUACAUCUCAACCCAUCCCAGCCAAGAAUGCCGACGUCAUCCUCUAUACCGAUGAUUGGCAACAGCAUUGGUAACAGUUCAGAUUCAGGAGGUCCCUUACCUCUGUCAUCGGUAGCAAUAGCCGGCGCAGGUCAGCCAGCCAUAACGAAGACCACAUCCGUUCUCCAAGAUGGCGUCAUAGUCACUACAGCAUCUGGAACACCCAUGCCGAGCCAUCAUCCGAUGGGCAACAACUUUGCGUUUCCAGGACCAGAGCACACAAAUCACUUUGCACAGAACACUAACAACAACCUUCCGCGACCCGUCAACCCCAAUCUGCUGAACUCUCUGCCGAUGACGUUACCCAUGAAUCAGCAGCAUCUACUGAAUCAGAAUAUCCUGCACAUGCUGCAGUCCAAUACAGGGGAAGGAGACCUGUCAUCGGUGAACAACCCCCUGAAUAACCAUCAGCUGUCUCAUCUUCAGUCCAUACUAAACAACAAUCAGCAGCAGCAGCUCCUGCAGGGUUUCCCCAAUCUCCACGCCUUGAAAGGACACGUUCCGGGGCCUCCGAACAAUAUAAAUCCUAUGGCCUGUUUGUUCCAAAACUUCCAGGUGAGAAUGCAAGAAAACAAAGAGGUAAAUGCCCAGAUGGAGGGAUUAUCUUCACUACAUGAAAACCCAAACUCUGCACUUCCUCCAUUUCCAGAGAAAUCCUGUACCAUGCCGCAUAGGACAGAACAGUACAUAAAAGAUAACGUCCGGGAGGGAGACGGCUCGGUGGACGCCAUUUACAAAGCUGUGGUGGACGCAGCCAGUAAAGGUAUGCAGGUGGUCAUCACUACUGCCGUAUCCAGCACAACGCAGAUGAGCCCCAUCCCAGCACUAAGUGCCAUGAGUGCCUUCACUGCAUCCAUCGGUGACCCCUUAAAUCUCUCGAAUGCGGUGAGCGCUGUCAUCCACGGAAGAAACAUGGCGAAUUCUGAUCACGAGGUCAGGACCAGGAACUCUAGAGGUAACCGGAUGAGGAAGAACUUGGACCACGGCAAACAUGUGGCGGCAGAUGGGGACGGGUUUGAUUAUUUCAAAGCAGGAUGCAAUACACCUAAAAGACAGUGGAACGGGAGUCAGAGUCCCGGAGACGUGAACCGGUGGAAAUGUGAGGAGGUUCUGGACCACAACGCAGUCCACGGCAAUCCUUACCAAGCAAGAUCUGGCAGCGUCUCUAUAUUGCACUCCUUCGAAGAUGAGCAGUGCCAGAUUUUGCUGCCGCCCAGACAUUGUCCGAACGAAAAGAUGCUAGAGGAUAAUUUCAGGUUUAACCAUUACAAAAGAACUAUGAUGAGUUUUAAGGAGAGGUUGGAAAGCACGGUGGAACGUUGCGCCCACAUGAACGGGAACCGGGCCGCUCCGCACAGAGGGUUCGGGGACCUGCUCGGCAUCCCCAAACAAGAGAUCAGUAUGGAGGAACAAUCUCCCAGCUCUUCAACAGUCUGGAAGUUCUUAGCGAGAGACUACAUCCAUUAUAAUGGAGACUUCCAUGCCAGAGGCAUGAACGGGUGCGCCCCCAGUCCCUCGGACACCAAGAGUAUCAGCAGCGAGGAUGACCUUAGGAUACCUGACUCCCCUUCUUCUAAUGACUUAAUGCCUUAUAGGCCAAGGAUUAAUAUGGGAGACUUGGUCUGGGGACAGAUUAAAGGACUGGCCUCCUGGCCCGGCAGAUUGGUGAGGGACGACCUACACAACGCGUAUCAACAGGGCGCCGAGGAGGGGAAGGUGGAGAGUGAAAAGUUGAAGACCCUGACGGAGGGACUGCAGGCUUAUAAUCGAGCACAGAAGAGGAACCGGAAGAGUGAAACACUAAAUAAUCAUUUAGAAGCUGCAAUACAUGAGGCAAUGAACGAGCUGGACAAAAUUUCUGGCAAUGUGCCUCAGAGAGAGCGACAGCUGAAACCCCCAAAACCCAAGAGGAGGAAGAUCUCCAGAUAACAUUGAUAGUCCCUAAGAUGAUAUAUGUGUAUAUAGGCAUUGAUAAUAAUAUAUGUAUAUCAAUAUUUCUAGAUAUCACCACCUGGUGUAAAGUGAAUAUGUGGUAAAUAUUUUUGCAUUUUAGGCAGGUGGGCGCUGCAAACCUAAACCCAUGUGACUGAAUGGAGAUAAUGUCUUCUUUUUUUUUUU